CGCGCCCAUUCCCCCUCUGCGCAAGCUCACAUGGCCAUUUACCACCCCGUGGUUUUACUGCACUGGAUGAUGUCUGUGCGUCGCCGUCGCCGUCGCGUCGGGCCCUAUUAAAUUCCUCCGCACCGCACCCCGGCCUGUCUCCCAACCGCCGCGCGCGCGCGCAGAACCAACCAACUUAAACCGCCAACACCGAGCCCAAGGCACAAACGUUCCCAUGGCGCGGCUGGUGUCGACGGCGACGAAGGCAAUGGCGGUCGUGGUCCUCGCGGCGGCGUCGGCAGCGCUGGCCGCGCACGACUACGGUGACGCCCUCCACAAGAGCAUCCUCUUCUUCGAAGGCCAGCGGUCCGGCCGGCUGCCACCGAACCAGCGCCUCCGGUGGCGGCAGGACUCGGCCAUCCACGACGGCGCCGAGGCGGGGGUACGGACGGGAGUGGACCUGACGGGCGGGUACUACGACGCGGGCGACAACGUGAAGUUCGGGUUCCCUAUGGCGUUCACGGCGACGCUCAUGUCGUGGGGCCUGAUCGACUUCGGUCGCAGCUUCGGCGCGCACGAGGCGGAGGCCCGGGACGCGGUGCGGUGGGCGACGGACUACCUGAUGAAGGCGACGGCGACGCCGGGGGUGGUGUACGUGCAGGUCGGGGACGCGUCCCGGGACCACGCGUGCUGGGAGCGGCCGGAGGACAUGGACACCCCGCGCACCGUGUACAGGGUGGACGCGGCGCACCCGGGGUCGGACGUGGCCGCCGAGACCGCGGCGGCGCUGGCGGCCGGCUCCAUCGUGUUCCGCGACGCCGACCCGGGCUACUCGCGCCGGCUCCUGGGCCGCGCCGCCGAGGUGUUCGAGUUCGCGGACCGGCACCGCGGGGCCUACAGCGGCAGCCUGCGCGCCGCGGUGUGCCCCUGCUACUGCGACUACGACGGGUACCAGGACGAGCUGCUGUGGGGCGCCGCCUGGCUGCACAGGGCGUCGCGCCGCCGGGAGUACCGCGACUACAUCAAGCGCAACGAGGUGGCGCUCGGCGCCAGCGACGCCAUCAACGAGUUUGGCUGGGACAACAAGCACGCCGGCAUCAACGUCCUCAUCUCCAAGGAGGUCCUCAUGGGCAAGGACGAGUUCUUCCGGUCGUUCCGGGAGAACGCCGACAACUUCAUCUGCAGCCUCCUGCCGGGCAUCUCCGGCCACCCACAGAUCCAGUACUCGCCGGGUGGCCUCCUCUUCAAGGUGGGCAACAGCAACAUGCAGCACGUGACGUCGCUCUCCUUCCUGCUCCUCGUCUACUCCAACUACCUCAGCCACGCCGACGCCCGCGUCCCGUGCUCCUCCUCCUCCUCCGCCGCUGCCGCCUCGCCCGUCCAGCUCCGCCGCGUCGCCAAGCGACAGGUGGACUACAUCCUGGGGGACAACCCGCUGCGGAUGUCCUACAUGGUGGGGUACGGCCCGCGGUACCCGCUGCGGAUCCACCACCGGGCCAGCUCGCUGCCGUCGGUCUCGGCCCACCCGGCGCGCAUCGGGUGCAAGGCCGGGGCGGCCUACUACGCCAGCCCGGCGCCGAACCCCAACCUGCUGGUGGGCGCCGUGGUGGGCGGGCCCAGCAACAGCACCGACGCGUUCCCCGACGCGCGGGCCGUGUUCCAGCAGUCCGAGCCCACCACCUACAUCAACGCGCCGCUGCUCGGCCUGCUCGCCUACUUCUCCCAGCACCCCGACCCAGCGCAGCACUGAUGAACGGGCAGCUAGCUAGCUAGUAGUAGGUGUUGUAGUAGUAUUCUUCCGUUGCUGCUGCUGCUCGUGCUAUUUGUUUUGCAGUAUUUAUGUUUUGGUAGCAUAUAUUGUGCCGAUCCAUUCCUGUAAAAAAAAUGGCAGGAACGAGGAUUGGUCCUACUGCUUGUACUCGUACUAUGCCCCAAGUAAGCUGCUGUAUGGUGGUAAGAUGCAUUCUGAAAUCGCCUUAAUUUCGGAGUUUCAGCGUCGUA